AUACCACAUCCGAUCAUCCCGUACAACCACACAGCCAGUCUCUCUCAAAGGCGCCCGCUCCUCAACAUGUAACCUCGUUCGUCCAUCAAGUACCUCAUGAAGACCAUAAUACUACUGCAUCUAUUUUACCCUCACACCUACAUAUACUCGCUACUGUACAAGAUCUGGGAUGGAUUACUCUUUACCUUACUUAUGAUGCUGUCAAGAAGACUAAAUGCUUUACUGUGGAGAUCAAGAAGGGUACCAUAAGGCCCAUGAAUGUCGCAGAGUAUAAACGGUAUGGAAGGUUACAUACUCGUAUGGCGAACUGCCCUAAGCAAGACCUAGAAGAUUCGGUGAAUAUAUGGCAUAAAUGGCAACAAGCGG